AUGGUGAUCCUGAGUUCCUCCAUCCGACGUUCCCUGUGCCUCGAAGGUAACAACACGGACGACACUGUUCCCUCCUCCGAGUCCCUGUCAUCUAGCCAGCUCAAACACCCGGCCCGUAUCAAGCUGCCGAAGCACCCGACCGUCCCACUGCAGUCAAUUGCGCGGGUCGAGGAGCACCACCACGCCCCUGGCUUCUCCGAUGCAGUAGGACAGUACAUCUACACCCUCAAGUUGGGCCGACCCUUGACUUCGGCAGAGCUCAAAACCGCGAUGUCAAACAUGCCGUUCGACCGCGUCGAUGUCUUCCAUGGCAUCAAAUAUUCUCCUGAGCCUCUGACGGACGCCAAGGAGGAGACCGACGCGGUCAAGGCGAGACCUUCAAGUGGUGAUCAACCAGGCCGGUUUGACACAGUUGUUGUGUUGCAGGAUGCUGACGCUGAGGCCACUGGAUUGCAAGACAACCUUGCAAGUGGUCGAAGUCUACUCAUUCCCUUCCUCUCCUACCCUUCUCACUCCUGUGCUAUUAUCUUCGCCCAGGGCGGCUCUUCUGUCUUCUCUAGUGACCUCAAACCCACGAUCCGCGGCUCUGCCAACACGCAACCUAGCCGCGCAAUCGACGAGUCGCACAACGAGCCUACAAGUCCAGAGCCGAGCGAGAAGAUGGUGCAAAACGUGGCGAACACUGAGCGGAGAGGAUGUGGAGAGGACACGAAAGGAGAGGAGGUGAAGAAGUACAGGGUGAGGGGUGAAAUCGAGCCCGGAGGCUCCGGAAUCGAAGGUACAUACCUGACCGCCCAUCCCCUUCCUUCGCUUCGUCACCCGUCCGCUCACCCGUCACCUCACGCACCGUCCACUGGUUCGCUCACCCACCCGUCUCCUCACCCACCCGUCCGCUUCCUCAUCCGCUCACCAACCUACUGGUACCACAAUCGCCGGCCUCCCACGCAUCCUCUUGCCCCGACGCGUACCUCAGAAACCGCGCCGACGAUGUACCCUUCGGCGAGGCUGAUCGUGCUGACCGUGUCCCUACACACGCCCACCCUGGCCGUCUCCUUCACGAACCUUCAAGCUUCUGAAAACCCUAUAUCGAUACUCGCGGCGCAUUGCUGGAGCUCGCUGCGGAUGUUCUACACUUGGGUGGCGACACGGCGAGGGAACACCAAGCUCGAUCUCGACCAUACUGACGUGGGUGGGUCAAAGCUUGGACUCGACGGCGGCGGGGACGGACUAGACGAGCUGUCCGCCAGUGAGGGCACAUACAUCUUUACUUUCUCCCCACGUCCGCCGCGCGUGGCGGCUCGCCCAUUAUCGGCGUUGAUCUGA